AUGCGUGGGAGAGUCGUGUCUCAUUACACUCGUCAACUUCAUCCGGUACAAGAGGCUUUUUUAGUGUAAGACUGGAGCUAUUUGAGCAUCUGGAGUAGCAGGCAUGGAUACAACGCGCGCAGCAAGAGCGCACAUUCUCUGCACAUCGAUAGCUCUGCUCCUUGUUUUAAUCGCAUCGUGUUUGACCUACAUCUUCUUACCGAAGGUGCCUGGUUGCAAGAUAUGCGCCAUAAAUGCAAGCGCGAUAGCAAGCAUAUUCAGACAUCAACUCUCCCAAGAACAAUUGCUUCUUACAGCUUGCAAUCAUACAAGUGAUAGUCGCCUGAUAUGGGAAGAUGAGUGGGAGGAGAAGAGGAAGGACGAUGAGAGUAUUCUGGACCACAACAAAACUUGGAUAAUCCUACCAAAGGAAGGUGUUUACCUAGUCUACGUACAAGUAAAUUUCAAUCUCCAGCCACAAAAAAAUAGUACCUCUAAGGUUGAAGUCAAAUUUCAAGUGGAUUUUGAUGAUGGUGAUCGUGAAGAAAUAUUUUCAGCCGCACACGACACUCGGGUGGUGAAUGAAAACUUCCAAGAUGCAAUGCUCAACACUUUUCUUCUGAUGCACAUGAACAAAGCGUCCAACCGGUUAUCUGUGAGAGCAUUUCCAAGCGAUCAGCUGAACUACCAGCCACGACCCUUCUCCACCUACAUCACUAUCAUUAAGUGGGCAGACAACUAGUAGAGUGUGGAUCGUGGGCGACAAAUAUUGCAUAAAUGAUUGUCUGUACACAUGCCCACGUUAUGCAAUGGCAGCUGUUCUUGUAUUACCGUUCACUUUAAGUGUGGCAUUUGGAUAGGACGUGCUCUCAGAAUCAGCUGCUAGAACACCUGAGAUUUUCCAGCUAUUGUACUAGGAAACGCUCGCUGACAUUAACAAGGAUUGCGUGGGGGUUGUGAUACUUUCUUGGUGUUUUUCUUCUUCCUUUCGAAAUAUGAAGAUCACAUCUCUUGAUCUUCUCAGAAGCAUGACACAUUUUCCUCUCAACAGACAAAUGAGUUAGGUUUGUUUUGUUUCAGUUUUUUUUUAUGACUCAGUAUGAAAAAAGGGCAUCAUAUACUGUUUAUGAGCACUGACUUUGAAGAUCCUCGUGUAUUACACACAUAAAGGAUGUCAGCUGCCUGUAAACAAAUGCUGUUCUGCAAAACAGAAGUAGUAAGCUAAUUCUGAACACGUUUGUCAGUGACCUGAUUUUUCGUGUUUAUAAAAUCAUAGUGUUUUAAUCAUCGACAGCUGAAUGUACUUGAAAAACCAUGUAACACCCUGUCUUUGUUCGAGACCAUUUUAGUGUUUCAUUUCAAAGCUCAGCAUGUCAUACGAAAGCUAGGACUGUGGAACAACACUUUCAAGUGUAAAUAUAAGCUUUUUAAGACAUGAAAUCAUUGUUUUAAUUUAAAGAAAGAUGUAAUAAUCGUGAACCAGAGUUCUUGUUUUAAUGUUUGGAGCCGUAAGCAGAUUUGUCAAGCCACAAAAGUGUUUGCUUGCUCAUGAAUGUAAUGGAAAUGUUUUCUAAUGGGGGCGGUGAAUGUCUAGGAGUGGUGGUGGGGUUUUUUUUCCACAAAAUAUAAUCACUAGUUGCAAUAGUAUCAAACAGUUUUUACUUCAGGAAUUCGUCAUUUGUGAUCAUAGUUUUGGACAUCAAUAACUCAAUCCAGCUGGCAACUUUUGUUUAAGCCUUACUUAACCUUACUUCUUCAGGUUUUCUGUUCAUUCUUGAGUCCUGUGUUCUUUCCCUGAUACUGUAGGCCCUUAUGCUUGUGUUUAUACUAACAAUGUCAUUUUUGAUGCGAAAGGAUUUCAGUUGACUACGUUUAUUUCACUGUUCUCAGAUAUACAAAUACCUUAUAUUUAUAUGUAAUUUGUAAUAUUUCUAUUUAAGCUACUUAUUAUAAAUAAAGCAAUGUGUUGUAACUUUCUGUACACCUAUUGAUAUUUUAUGCAAGUCAUUCACAGCACAUUAGCUACAUCAUCACACAUAAAUAUGCUCCAAAAAAUGAGUUCGGGUUGGACUAAAUGAUUGCAUUAGGGUUGAUGACAAUAUCACAGUAUGAAAUAACACAAAACAUUGCUGCUGUCAUCUCAGCUUUAAGAUUUCCAGCCUGUUCUGCAAAAUAAGAACAGUAAUAUGAUUUUAGAAAAAAAGGAAAUUUAAAAAUGUUAAAUAAAUCUAAAAGUUAAUUUUAGGACAUCUUUUGGUACUAGUUGCCCAACUGAAAAUGAAUGUGUUAUAAUAACCAAAAAUUACCAUUACAAGAAUGAUGCAGAGAGAUUUUUGUGAUUAGAUACUCUGAUAAAUCGAUGUUGCUAAAUUUUUCAGAAGAACAAGAUAUUACUCUGAUCAAGUAAAAAUAAAUAAAGUGUCAACCAGGUAUAUUAAAGCAAUUGUUAACCCAAAAAAA